AUGAAAAGAAAAAGAAAAUCCCCAGAUUCGGAACCUAUCGCAACACGUGACCUUGACAGCAAUGGCAGCGGGCUGCUGACUCCUCAAGACUCCAUUGUGAGGUCGCGAUCUUCCUCCGUCAUUGACUUGGGGACACCAGAACCACCAGAGAUUCCAGGCCCAAGCAUAUACAACGGAGUUCUCCAGAAGAAAGAAGGAAAGAUCAUCGCCAAGCGAGCAGAAGGUCCAGAAGUGACCACUAUAGACAGCAGGACUAUACCCACUGACGAAAUGCGACGAACCGCUUCCAGGACCGCAGUUGUCCAAGCGGAGAGUGCGAUCCGGGCGGCAUUUCAAGACAAACUCGCAGUGCACGACCCAAGAGGAUUAGUGCGGUUGGAGAACGAUAUUGACUCAAGCACUCCCUCUCUCGACUUCACCUUCAUCCGUGAGUAUGUGUUGGGGAAGGACGUCUCCGGGAUCUCUGAAGACGAAUACAGAGGGUGCACAAAAUGCAAAGCGGACAUGGGCGGAGGCGUUGGCUGCGAAUACUCAACCAAAUGCGACUGCCUGCAGUUUGCUGCGGUCGAUGAGAAAGCCUUGGAACGCACGAAACCGGACACGUACGCCGUUUACAUGGUCGCGAAGGCAGAAGGUGGCGGCAUUGACACAACAGGCCUGCCUAAACGAUUCCCAUACAGAAAGCCAGGUCAAUCUGUACCUCAGACUCUGCUGCCUUUCUACCGCGAAUCCAGACACCCGAUUUAUGAGUGUAACCGCAACUGCAAGUGCGGUCCCAAGUGCAAGACGCGGCUGGUACAGAAAGGCAGAAAGGUGCCGUUAGUCGUGUUCAAGACUCGAAAUCGAGGGUGGGGAGUGUAUUGUGACGAAGAUCUGAUCCAAGGCGAGUUCAUCGACACGUACCUUGGAGAAGUGAUCACAUUUGAGGAGUGUGAGCGCCGAGAGAAUCAGGUGGGGAACAAGUCAAAGGCGAGUUAUCUCUACAGCCUUGACAAAUUUGUUGGCGACCGCACGGCGGAAGGCGAGCCCCUUCGUGAAGAAGACACAUAUGUUGUGGACGGGCAAUACAUGGGCAACGUGACAAGAUUCAUCAAUCACAGCUGUGAACCCAAUUGCCGACAAUACACGGUGUCAUACAAUAAGAACGACCUGCGACUGUUCACGCUGGCCUUCUUUGCGUACGAGGACAUUCCAGCGGGAACAGAACUCACUUUCGACUAUGCAGACAAGGAUGAAGUAGAGCUGGAGGAGGCGAUCAAGGGACGUGAAGCAGCACUGGCGAAUCCGGAAAAUAUUGACAGUAUCCCGUGCAACUGCGGAGCAGCAAAGUGUCGCGGGUACCUUUGGCACUGAGACUGAGUUGGUCGGAGCAUAUUGAAGCGGGAGGCAUUUCCUUUGGAGUGGCAUGCAGCAUCGAACAGAGUGGUACUGACGUAGCAUGGAUCUCAGCAAGCAUGAGCGAGAGAGAUGGACAUGGCUGGCCUUUGGAGCCAGCAUUCCGGAUGGAUUGUCUUUAGUAGGGAAAGAGCAGCGACAAUUGGAAAGUGAAGAUCAUACCGACAUG